AGACGGCAUGACGUGGUGGAUGAGCGUACCGCCUACCAAGCCUAGCGCUGCCUUUCAGAAGCAACGCAGAGCUCACAGUGCUUUCUCUCGUUCAUCUUCCUCCUCCCCCGCAGCUUUCACUCCUCUAGUCUGCUCACAGACAACACAGAGCGAAAACAGGAAGAGCCUACUGAACGAGGAUGUUGAGAAAGGGAGAGGCAGAACAAAAAAGGGACAGAAGCACGUGGGGGGAGGGAUGUUCACACGAGAGCGUGUGAAUUAGAGAGGAAGGGUGAGAGGAAACAAGGAUCUGUAUGGAAUAAAGGAGAAGAUGGACCAAUGUUGACGUGUGAGGCAAAACCAUCAUCCUGAAAGGAUUCCUACCUAUCCACUGCUGUUUUGAUUUCCACAAUACGACACAUGAGGACAGCGGAAGGACCAGAGGCUGCAGCUAACUGUCAAUACUGUUUGACUCGCUUUGACCAAAGGCAGAAUCAGCAGCGCAGCACCGUUAGCAUCGAGCCUCUAGGGACAAUGCGCCAAAACAGACUGAGAGGCUGCAAUACUGGAUUUCAGACACAUGUUCUGCCCAUGCACGUAUGCACAAUCACACUUGUGCAUGCAUGUGGUGGAUAGCUACCAGUGCCUAGAAGCAAAACCUUUUUCUUUUUCUAAAGAACAGCACUAUGAACGCUUGAGUGGACAGAAGAGGAAAAUCUGUGACAUAUCACAAAGGAAAUAAACGAGAAACUAAAGAGUCAAGCUCCAACUGACUGUGAUUUGCCAAAAGCACAGAUGGAUCAGUGACCAAAAGGGCGAUCAGUGCGUGAGGACAUUAAAUCAUCUCAUUCUGGAACAAUGGAUGCUAGAAAUAAAAAGUGCAGAGAAUAAAACGGCAAUGACAAGAGAUAAAACAUUAGAGCUGACAACCCACCAAAUACACUUCACUCCAGGAGCUAAGGCCGGUUGAGAAGCUGCUAGAGAUCAUCGUAAAAGUUUGACACCUGUCUUGAGAAGAACAUUCCUGCUGUAACCAUGCAAUGGAAACGACGCCACUGCUGUUCGUACACAGCAUCUCUCUUCUAUCUCCUCUCAUUUCUGGGUGUACUGCUCUUUUUGGUUCAGCCUAGGCUCACAGGUAUGCCGUGGUCCAGACAUCAUCCUGUGGUAUACAAAGGUGGUGAGCUUGGUACAUCUAAAGCCAAACUGAACAUUAGCACCAAAACGUCAGGGUGGAGGCUGGUCAUUUCUCCUCAGUCCACUGUUGCAAACAUCAGCACACAUGAGAAGGAAGGUGCCCCCUCACCUCAUGGUGAGCCAAAUGUUGAGAACACUUUGUCGGUCAGUGAAGAGGGAGAACACAGAGGCAAUAUUACCCCUGGGCCUUACACUUAUUUCAUCAACGAGCCAGACAAAUGUACAGAGAGCAGAUCUUCCCCAUUUCUUGUGUUGCUAAUAACCACUGAGGCUCGGCAGGUGGAGGCAAGAAAUGCCAUUCGACAAACAUGGGCGAAUGAGAGCGUGGCUCCAACUCUGGGAUUAAUCCGGCUUUUUCUGCUGGGAAGAAAUAACGGAGAGCUGGGACUAUUACAGCAGAAGACGCUUGAAGCAGAGAGUCACAGGUAUCACGAUAUCAUCCAGCAGGACUUCAGAGAUACCUACAACAACCUGACCAUUAAGACUUUGAUGGGAUUGAACUGGGUGGCAAUAUACUGCCCACAAGCCAGCUAUGUUAUGAAGACGGACAGCGACAUGUUUGUCAACACGGAGUACCUCAUUUACAAGCUACUCCGGCCAGAAAUGAAGCCUAAAACAAACUUUUUCACGGGCAAUAACAUGAGAAACUUUUCACCAAAUAGAAAUAAAAACAGCAAGUGGUACAUGCCUCCUGAACUGUAUCCAGGUGAAAGGUACCCCACCUUCUGUUCUGGGACUGGUUACGUCUUCUCAGGAGACUUGGCGACAAAUAUCUAUCGAAAAUCGCUCAGUAUCCCUCGCCUUCAUUUGGAGGAUGUUUAUGUGGGAAUAUGCCUGGCCAAGCUUGGUAUAGAGCCGGCUCCUCCAUCCAAUGCAUUCCUAUUCAACCACUGGCGGGUGUCUUAUUCCAGCUGCAAGUACUCCCACCUUAUUACAUCACAUGGCUUUCAUCCUAAUGAAAUACUCAAAUACUGGAAUCACCUGCAGAGCACCAAAAACAAUGCCUGCUUCAACAGGAGUAGAGGGAGAACAGGCAGGAUACAUAGAAACAAACACAACAAAGAGAAUGAGGCUCAUUAAGCUAUGAAGUUAAAGUCAGAUUCUGCUUGACACAAUUGAUUUACAUCUCAGCACUAGUUUGCAUGUGCAGAUGAAGGACGGAGUCUAAUGUAAUGGUGCACUGAUUUACUGGCUGAAGACUAGAAAUGGAUGAUUUCCACCCUGCUUGGCCCUGAUAGACGUCUGACACGACCUAACAAUUUUAAUUGAGUCAGCGCUUUUCUCGACAAACAGUAACACCACAGCUACACCCACAAAACGUCCGCAGUGUGGCCGAGAGCUCUCUCCCUCUCCUUAAAAGGUAAAACCUCAGUGUGAGAGACCUGAUGUGAGAUGUAUCACUUUGUAAGGGAAAAAAACAUAUCAAUCAAUGCAUAUGAAAGUUAACUGAUAUAAAACAUGACAUGAUAUAUCAUAUAUAUAGCAGCCAAUUUCAUAUUGUUUAAAGAAAGAAAAUCAGCAUCAGAAAAUCAGCUUCAUCAGGAAAACACUGAUAAUCAGAAUUGGCCCAUGAAAUUGCAAUUGAUGCAUCUCAACAUUAUCACAUGUUCGGGCGUUUUUCCACAAGAAAAAGACAGCGGUGGAAAACUAACUGGACAACUGAGAUGAGCAGUAGAGUAUUAAGCAGCCAAACUCUGCCUGAACAACAUCACCCCUUCCACUCGCUGGUGUUGAGUGUUUCAGACUAUUACAUACUGUGUCACACAUCUGCCCCGCCAUGUCUUCACACUAAUUUGGAAUAGAGGGCUGGAAAGAAGAGUCUGCAUAAAGUCAGGUGUAGAGAUUCAGCUGAGUGCAUUGAAAGAUGUACCCCACCAGGACAUAUUGGGACAUCUUCAGGUUUGCAGUGCAUGUGUGAAAGAGGCAGUACACACUUUGUUCUUAUGGGUGCGGGAUAUAAAUUCUGCAUUAAAGGUUUGAAACAAUGACCCAGCUGUCUAAAGUGAUUGCUGAUUUUGUACAAAAUGGACAAAAAUGGUUUUUAUGCCCGAGUCAAAUCCAUAGAGACUUUAUGUACAUGUUUCAUUUGACUAGAGGAUAAUCUGUGUCUGAAAAAUACAGAGCUAUUUUUUGUAAUUACUCAAAUUCUGCUUUGUGUGUUUUGUAGAUGAUGAGUGAAAAAGGUACUUGGCCAAUAAAACAUUUUGACAAGUGAA